GGAAGAGCGUCCACACCACCACCGUCCGCAUGGAGAACAGAGAAGCAGUCAUCGAGGAGCUGGAGAGAAUCAAGCCUACACAUGUUCUUAACUGUGCAGGCUGUACAGGUCGUCCUAACGUCGACUGGUGCGAAGACAACAAAGCUGCCACCAUCCGCAGCAAUGUCAUCGGUACUCUCAACCUGGCCGACGCUUGCGAGCAGCGUGGCGUCCACAUCAGUGUUUUUGCCACCGGCUGUAUCUAUGCCUACGACGAUGCCCAUCCUAUCGGCGGCCCUGGGUUCCUUGAAACCGAUCCUGCCAAUUUCUCUGGCUCAUUCUACUCUGCCACUAAACUCAGGGUUGAGGAGAUCAUGAUGAACUACCCCAACGUCCUCUGCCUCCGCCUCCGCAUGCCCGUCUCCGACGACCUCCACCCCCGCAACUUCGUCACGAAAAUCACAAAAUACGAACGCGUGGUCGACGUCCCAAACAGCAACACCAUCCUCCACGAUCUCCUCCCCGCCGCCAUCCUGCUUGCCGAAAAUAACGAAACCGGUGUUUACAACUUCACAAACCCUGGCGCUAUAUCCCACAAUGAAGUAUUGGGGUUGUUCAAGAAUAUUGUUCGUCCAGAGUUUGAGUGGAAAAAUUUCUCAUUGGAGCAGCAGAGUUUGGUUAUCAAGGCUGGAAGGUCGAAUUGUAUGCUUGAUACUGGGAAGUUGGUGAGGAAGUUGGAGGAGUAUGGGUUCGAGGUUCCUGAGGUUCAUGAUGCUUAUGAGCAGUGUUUCAAGCGUAUGGUCGAGAAUGGUGUCGAGUAAGUGUGGUUGGACGCUUUGACGUCUCUUCUUUCUUUCUUCUAGCGCUCAUGUCUGAAGAAAGCCUACUCUAGCACACAGCAAGCGACGGCGAUGUUGGCUCUCAGCUAUCCCGAUGUUCGCAGACUGGCCAUCAAAUUGACGAUGUUUUUCACUCGACCAUGAUUGUCCAU